GAGGGUCAAAAGUCCAUCCACAGCACUCCGUGUGGACCCUUUCCAUCAAAAUCCGUGCUGAAGGAAGGAGGCUUAACUUCCAAGCCAUUUUCGUCUUCUUUCGCUCACCUACAAUGGAGAUACCAGUGUUCACGCUGGAUGCCUUCACCAAUUUACCGUUCAAGGGAAACCCAGCGGCAGUUUGUCCACUUCAGCGUGAGCUGAGUGAUGACUUGUAUCACAAGAUAGCAGCAGAGAUGAACCUCUCAGAAACUGCUUUCAUCACCAGGACGAAUCCCUCUGAUAGCUUUACUACAGGUAUGUCUGUUUUAAUACAGAUCACUUUUGCCUUGCCAAUUCAAAAGCCUCUUAGAUUAUAUUGCUGUAAUGGAAAGCUCUCUUUCAAAAGUGUACAGUAUGGUGUAUGGCUCACAUGCUGCUUAAACUUUAAAGUAGCCCCUAUAGGUGCAGGAAUAGGAUCACCGGAUUGCCAGCCAGGAUAUGACUUUUACUCCAGAAACUUUGCUCCAUGGGUUGGCAUCCCUGAGGAUCCUGUCACUGGAUCUGCCCACACAGUCCUAGGCAGCUACUGGUCUGACAAACUAGGAAAGAAGAAAUUGCUGGCUUACCAGUGCUCUAGUCGUGGCGGCGAGCUGGAACUUGAAGUGAGAGAUGAUGGAAGAAUCAACAUAGCUGGACAGACCAUCACUAUUCUGCAGGGAACAAUCAAACUAUAGGCUGAGACACAUCCGAGAAGACAGUGACCGAUGUGCUAUCACAGCUGUCGUGUUCCUGCAGAUACACUUUAUGGCUCUUGAAUAAAAAUGCGAUGGUUCAAAUUAAAAAAAAA